GGGAUUCCCCCUGUCGGCUCGUUGUUGGCCUGUCUCCCCAUCUGGUAAGCCGUGUAAAGUCGUAUGGUGGUUGUGCCCUUGGCCACCGGCGAUUUUUACCAGGAAACCAAUAUUCAUUGUAACAAUCGUCAUCGUAAGACAGUGCUAGUGAAUCAGAUAUCCAAUGGACGUAUAAAUUUAUGAAAAUCUGUGAAGGAGUGAGACUUGUCGCAGUAAAACUCUACGCCGAGUUGGGCUGUGUACACGUAGACCGGUCGACAGCUGACCUAGUUUGUUGGCGAGCUAGUCAACACGAGGGGUACCUAAAACCUUCCAGCUGACACACAAAAUGGAGGCCGACCCGCUCAUGGUGAAUGAUUGUAUAAAUGACUUCGACUUAGACCAGUUUGUCGAACGUUCAGCUGCGAUUAAACAAGAGACACUUGAUCGGCUCGACUUCAGCGAUUGUUGCAAUGGCGGAGCGAAAUCCCCGGCCACGGAUUCCGAGGACGGCUCGACCACACCCUCGAUAUGUAGUGUGCCCCAGUCCCCGAGUUGUUUCAGCAGCAGUAGUUGUAGCAGCGUUCCUCCCAGUCCCACGGAAUCUAAAAACCUGUACGAUGACAUAGGCUGGCUAACACAGAGUGUGUCCUUCAACUCGGCCAGCAUGGAGGGGGUCUCUGAGGCAGUUGACGUAUUGAUUUCCAGCAGCCCGGAGUUUGUGAACAAUUUCACCAAGUACUUGGUAUCUGGGGCCGAGGCUGGCAAGGAGUCACUCCCUAGUUCUCCCCCCGACCAAGCUAACAUAACAACCAAGGUCCCUUCCCUCAAACGGAGCAGGAGCAAUAAGAAGAAAAUGGACGACGAGGAGUUGGUUACUCUGCCAGUGAGAGAACUGAACCGGCGACUUCAGGGGCUACCAAAGGAUGACGUUGUGAAAUUAAAACAGAAAAGAAGAACAUUGAAAAAUCGUGGUUAUGCUCAAAAUUGCCGUUCCAAACGCAUGCAGCAGAGACAAGACUUGGAAGUCACUAACCGUUCUCUUGAAAAAGAAUUGAAACAACUUCAGAGGCAGCUGUCAAACUUGACACGGGAGAGGGAUUUAUAUAAACAACAGUACGAGUUUCUCAGGGUGAAAUGUAGCUUGGCUGUAAGCAAAAGUACCAGGCCACAUGACUUGGAUGGGUCGGUGUCUAGCUAUGGUCCAAGUUCUCCAGACAGUGAAUGAAAGACUGGUAAUUAAUAACUGUUUACCAACAUACACAUUCUUGAUACAUUCUGCACAUAGUUAUCUCAGUUAAAUCAAUCAGUGGAGUAUAGAUUUUAAGAUUAUAUAGUAUAACAGGCAUGAUCAGUUGUAGGAAAUAGCUGUUAAAUAGAAAAGUUCAGGACAUUUUUGACCAACUAAUGAUCUAGCUAAUGCGAGUUGUUACUUGAACGAGUAUUGUUGAUUAUUACUUGACAUGAUAUCAGUACCAAUAUGAUGGUUGAUAUAAGAUUGACAUUUGAUUUUGUUUGUAAUAUAAUGUACAGUGAAGAUUUGUAUACAUACAUUUACAUGGUCUAUCUGUCCUUGGUGUGUAUGAUUCAAUUGUCAAUGUAGAUAUAUUUUUGCAAAAAAAAAAGCAUAGUACUCUAGCAUGAAUUUCAAGCAUAUUUAAGUUACUAUAAUGGAAAAAAAACUUGUCGUAAAAUUUUAUCUGCUUUGAAUAUUGCAAUAUCAUAGGUACAUUGAUGUGCAUAAAGGAUCAUCCUAGAGGCAGGUCAAUCCCCCCUUGUCCCUGUCAGCUUGUAUCUGGAGGGAUUUUCAUUAGUGCUUGUUACGUAAUAUUGCAUGUUAGGAUGUAAAAGUUGUAUAUCCUAAAGCUAACUUCCCCUGUGACAGCCCAUAGAGGGUAGCAUGCAGAACAUUUAUGGUAUCGCAUACCUAGCAGUGCCCCCUGUACAAGGCCCCCCCUCGAUUAUGAAUACAGUGCUGCAGGGGCACCACUUGGGAUCAGGAUAAUCACCAUUACUGUUCUAACCCCUUGUAUAGCCUCUUGAUGUUAAUUAAUAUGGGCAACACACAGUUAACAGUUUCCCUGGAGCUGCAUGAAUGACUGGAGGGAAUGGGGCACCGCAAGGGAUGUUGUGGUAGGGGAGGAAGCAUUUAGGGGCGCCUUUAGGGGUUAUACAAUGGCUUGGCUGUAUAUGCUUUGUGCAGCAGCAUUAUACAAGUAGAUACAGGGGCUGGCCAUAUGGGGGAUUGACUAAAGCUUGAUCCUUGUUGCACCUAUUGAAAAAAUCUUAAGUGACUAUACCACUGUUACCAUGACAGCUAUACAUUGUUCAGAAGUUAUUAUAUCAUUAUAAUUUCACAAAUUUUGUGUGAUUCACAUAUUGUUAGAUUUGGAACAUUUUCCCCUUAACAGAAUGUAUUCCAUUGAAUGAAUGCAUCAUUUAAUGUUUUGUUUAAAAUGGUAGAUAUAUCUUUUUCAAAAUACUGAUAUUGCAUGAUUCACUUUUUGUGAUCAUAACCAAAGUGUUACCAGUUUCUUUAUUUUUCUCAUAUGUUCCUCAUAAAUCCAGUAGUUGGUUAUUAUACACAGGUCUGGCUGAUCACACUGGGGAGAUUUCUUGAAAUGGAAUAUUGAGGUCGCAGAGUGCAAUUAUAGAAUGUUAGCCAAUGGAGAUUUUAAAAUAUUUUAAACUUUUCACAUUUUUUGGAAUGAGAGGAAUGGUUAUGUCACUUCAUCAUUUGUAAAUAGUUGUAUAUUUAGCCCCAUUUCCCUUCCCCCUCCCAAAUGUUUGAACUGAAAGGUACCCACUGCAAGGGCAACUAUACUUAGUAUAAACCAGUGCGGUACCCCAGGUUGAUAAAUACAAUGAUCUGUGAUACAAGAAAAUGACAAAAUUGUUUGUGAGCGAGACACACAAGUCUGACUAUAAAACCUUUUUAUAAGUUAUGAUGAAAAGAGACCUUUCUUAAGGAUGUGUCUCAGUACACCGAAUUUGCAAGUCGCCGAGUGGCAACUACUAAGAAACUAUCCCCUUGUUAUUUGUAGGGUCAUGAUAGUUGAUACGUAGAUAUAUACACUUCGUGUAUAUUACCGGAACGAGUUAUGAGUGAAGAACUUUGUAUACAUCAUUCAUGUUGUAUACAAAUUUGACUUUUUUGUGUUUUUUGUUUUGUUGGAAUUUGUUAUGCGAGUAUAUAUGCUGACUAGUGUAUAUGCAGAAUUAGUGUAUAAUAAGUGUAUGUCCAGAAUGUGUUUACUACAUAUAUGUAUAUGUGAUAAAAAAAUGUAUAAAAAAAAGUUUUAAAAAUGGGCUUCAACAACCAAAAAACUUUAAAAAAAAAUCUUGCAUUUUUCUCUGAUAAAGAGAUAAAUCAAGGCCAAAAAAAUAGAAAAAAAUGUAUAUAUAUUUAAAUAUAUGAAAAAAAAAUUGAAAAAAACAAUUGUAACCUUCCAGCUUGACCAAUCACCUGCUAUGUCUUGUAUGUGGGAGGUGUUGUGAGUCGAGCUCCUGACUUUGCCAGUUACCAUUUAAUGACCUGAUCGGACAUGACAUGUACAAUAACUUGUUGUCAAAGACUUGACAGAGUUACCUCUCUUGUUUGUAACUCGUCGAAGACUUUACAGAGUUAUUUCUCUUGUUUGUUAAGGCUGACGUAUUAUUCGUACAGUAAAGCAGGUAGUAUAGAGGACAGCACAAGUGAACAAUGGUAGAAAGAAGGGUACAUUACCUUUAGUAUACAUACAUCUUGCACAGCGAUGCUGUCGACUCGAUAAACCUAUUAAUAGUGCUUCAGAAUGUUAAUAAUCUCAAUUGUGAUAAUUUGUUGUUGAUGUUGUUAUGGAAGAGAUUUGUUUUACAGUAGAAGAUUGUUACUACUGAUAGCAUGUUAUAAAGUGUACCACUGUUAACUAUUUCUGUUUUCUGUUUUUAAUAGUCUUUAAUUAAUUGAUGAAACAGUUUAAACAUUAUGUAUGGUACACUGGAAUAAUUCCUGAACAUCAUGACUUCAAUACUGUGCUAUUAACCUUGGUGCAGAGAGGCAAUAUGUCGCUUUUAAUUCAAUGGUUAGAUGUUAGUGAGGUGAGGUGCCCCCGUCUGAUUGAUAACUUACCUGGUACCCAAACCCGUUACAAUACACAGGGUCCAAGUUGUACCAUAUGGAGAUUAUUUUUGUAUGUUACUAGCCUACUGAUUUGUUGAUGCAUUGGUAAAGAGCCUUGUGAUUGGUUGACUCAAUCUCUCCAUCCAUAUGUCUACUUAACUUAAAUUGACCUUAAUUACCAAUGCAAGGUCAGAGGGCACAUCAGAUAAAUGUUGGAUGGAAUAAAUGUUUUUAAUCUAGAGAGGUCAGAGGUUGAUCUGUGAAGAUGGGAGAAAGUGAGUCCAUACAUGAUUUGCAGGAGAGAGUGGAUUGCCAGACAGAAUGAGAGAAAGAUCUGACAGUGUUUGUUUUUAUCUGUGCUGUACUAGGGAAUGUAGCAGAGCGUGUUGGGCCAGUUUGUGAUAUUUGAUACUGGUUAUAGCGAGGUGUACAUGCCUGAGCUAGCUGUCUGCUUUACUGUACAAAUGUACACCAGUCUUGGAUGAUGUUUGUCCUCAUCAACAAAUAAAAUGCAUGAAAACGCAAUUUUAAA